AGUCGAAAUUAAACCGUCGAAGCUAUCGGACGCGGGAGUAGCGCGCGUUGCCAGUUCAAGUGUAAAGAAAUUUAACAAUUUAUUACAACGAAUUUGUUGUAAUUGCAAUAAAUAAUGCGCCAAUCGACGUGCAAUUAAAUAAAUAAGGUGCUCUCAAGCGCAGCGUGUACAAAUAGCGGCGAAAAUACAACAAAAUUCGUGUGCUGACGCAAAACCCAAACCGCAUUUUUAGUGUAACCCAAUUUUGUAUUGCAUUUACAAAAUAAAAAUAAAAAUUUACAAAAAAAGAAAAUAUUAAGAAGCUGAGCUCUUUAUGCUGCCACCAUUCGUCGAUCAAUAAACAACAAGAAAUUUGGAUUCAGUUGUUCAUUUUUCUGUUCAACCAAACAAAAACAUCAAUAACUACUGCUUCUUCUUCGCAACGCCCACGCAACGAAAAUGAAAUCAAAGCUGAAAACUGCGCUACUGGCGUCGACGUCAUCGUCUAGCAACGGUAAAUGGAUGUUGGUGUCAGCGUUGCUGUUAAUUCUGCUGGUGGCCGCCACCCAAGCAGCUGAUGAGAAAUUUGUGAAACCAUCAGCAGCAGCGCUCUCAUCCGCAUCCCUUACAUCGGCGGACAGUGGGGAAAUUGAUAUCGAUGGCGAUAACGGUUCCGGACAUGGCGGGAUACACGAUGAUCUAGAAAAGGAUCCGGACUAUUCUGGCUCUGGUUUUGGACCCGAUGACGAGGACGCCAUAAUCGAGCAUCAUUCGAGCUCGCACAAUACGCGCAUUCAGAGCAUUGGCAACACAAAUACAGCUCACACACCAACAACAACAUCAACAUCAGCAGCAACAACAACAACCACAACACAAACAGCCACCAGUAGCUCCACCCCAGCCACACUCCCAACCAUCAUCUCGAGCACCACAGGCGAAUCAACAAGCCCAUCAGGCACACCCGUUCAAUCCGCCUCCAAUCCGAAUGCCAACAACACCAGCACAAUCUCCUCAACACCACAAUCCUCUCAUCCAGCCACAACACCACGCACGAUUCCACAGCACGAGUCUGAGGAUGAGGACGAUGCCUUCGAUACGGAAGAUACGUUCCAAGGCAGCGGCGAUGGCGAUAAUGAGGAUGGCGACGACGACAACGACGACAAUGAUGUCGAUGAUGAUGAUGAUGACAAUGAUGAUGAUGAUGAUGAUAGCCAUCCGGUUGAUCCGCAUCCCGAGAGCGAAAUCAAACCGACAAAUCGCACAAAUCUGGACAAUGGCAUUCAAUAUCCGCAUGGCGAGGAUGAGGACGAGGACGAGAUAUAUACGGAGAUCAUUGCCGAGAACGAAGACGACAUUCACAGCCGCAUCUUGCCGGGUGGCAACAGCGGCACGAGCAGUAACGUCCACGAAUUGGAUCCCAACACCAAUAUCAAUAGCCAGCCGACAGACACAAAGAUUGUGGAGCACAGGCCCGCCAACAGCGGCGAGGUGGUCAUCAUGAGCGAGGAGGAUCGCACGACAAGUUUCUUUGCGCAGCCUGGCAUAUUGGCUGCUGUCAUCGGUGGCGCCGUUGUUGGGCUGCUGUGCGCCAUACUCGUCGUCAUGUUCAUCGUGUAUCGCAUGCGGAAAAAGGACGAAGGAUCCUAUGCGCUCGACGAGCCGAAGCGUUCGCCUGCCAACAACUCGUAUGCGAAAAAUGCGAAUAACCGUGAGUUCUACGCCUGAGAUAAUGGCCAAGCGCGCAGGUAUUAAGCUGAUAUUGAGCCGGAGCAGGGAGGGAGGGAGUAGCAGCCAGAAUAUGGGCGUGGCAGCCAAUUGCAAUUGGCACUGGUUUGAUUUCGGUUGAAGGAAGAGGAGACAGAGAAACUCAGCUAAAUACACUGCGCGAAAUUGCUCAGUUGUGGUAGGAGACAGCGACAACAACAACAACAACAACAUCUACAACAACAACUAACAACACACAAACAGCUACAGCAACAAACAACUCUUGAAAACACACAAUUUAUUCGUGAGGGGUAACAAACAAAAAUAAUAAAAAAACAAAAACAAAAACAAAAAGAAAAAGAAACAAAAAAAAAAACAAAAUAAAAAUUGGGAAAAAAUUCGAACUUACCUGUAAGUUAAACGUGUCCACACACUUACACACACACACACUGUAUGUGUUUGUGUGUGUGUUUGUGUGUGCCAACUUUUCUAAUUAAGUAAGUUUUAAGCGAAUUGUGUAAUACAACAACAACAACAACAACAUCAAAACAAAAACAAAAACAAAAACCGAGAAAAUAUCAAAUACUAUAUA